UCGGCUUCGACCUCUGCAUCGGUCGAUGCGGCACCAACUCCACAGCAGCUCCUAUUCGCAAGAGCUCUCAUUUCAACCUUCGCCCUAUGGCCUGCUCUGCGUCUAGCCAUCGCCGAAGAGUGGGGCGGCUCGGAUUCGCAAGACAAGGCGGAUUUCCUCCUUUCGCAUCUGGCCGAUACCCACGGCGGAGAUCCGAUUGUGGUGCCCGAUCAGGAUGAUCUAAGCUACGCAUUGACGGCCUAUUUCAACGACGAGUACGAAGUCAGAUUGGAGGAUGAUAGCGCAGAGUAUGUGGCUGGAAGGAUAUGCAACCUGCACAAGCUCUGUUUUGGGGGGGAUCAGGUCGAGGCUGAGAAUGCCGUCAAGGGACUGGAAGAGGCUACCAAGAGUCUAAGAGGAACCAAGACAAAGGCCACCAAACAGGAUGCUGGUGACGAUGCGGGCAUGGCAAGCGAUGAGAGCGACGACGAAGGCGGAGAGGACGGAAUGGACGUGGAUGGUCAGUCUGCGCAGCAACAGAGGCAGCCUAGGCAGAGACAAGAGCCUAUCGUCGACGAGGAUGGCUUCACAAUGGUC